GGUCUUACACCAAGCACUACCCAAAUAAAUGGAUAAAAUGGCCCCCUUGUAGUGAAAGUCUUCCUUUCGUAACAAGCAACGCCAAGAUGGUUCAAAUGAAAGUGAUCAAGUGUCCGUCAGACAGAUUGUCUUUAACAAAUUGUCUUGUGGUGAAUGAAAAUGACUUCAACCCGGAGCGAGUCAAACAUGUUGAGGUUCGGACCAGUGCACCACAAGGUUAUGUCUUUACUAUCAAAGUAUGUGAAGAUGUUCCACCAGGUUCUGUGGGAUUCAGCCUCGUCCAGAGGAAGUGGACUAGUGUGGCACUAAACAGUAUGAUAGAUGUUGUUCCAUAUAGAUUUGAGGAAGGAUCGUAUCUGUCAACUAUUACAGUUGAAGCUGAUUUCCUGCAGAAAGCAAGGUGGGCUUAUACCCAAAGGGGACUUAUAUCCGGAAUGAUAUCUUUGUUAGCAAAUAGAAGGGCUUAUAACUGGGGGAACAUUAAUGUGGGAUUUUACGUUAUUGAUGUUAGUCUUCUUGGUGGUGCAAAGAGCAAGGCUUCUCAAGGAACAAAUGUUUCUAUUGGUAUGGUUACAAGGAACACCCAAGUUCUGUUUGAAAGGGCAGAGGGUUCAGUGUUAAACCUAACAGGCACUGCUAAAGGAAAAGCUGCCACACAGUCCAUUAUCAGCAGGGACUGGGACUUCACCAAGCUGGGAAUCGGAGGUCUGGACAAGGAAUUCUCAAACAUCAUUAGAAGAGCUUUUGCCACUCGGUUAUUUCCGCCAGAAGUUGUGGACAAGUUAGGACUUAGGCAUGUCAAGGGAAUUCUGCUAUUUGGACCUCCAGGUACUGGAAAGACACUAAUGGCCCGGCAGAUUGGCAAGAUGUUGAACACAAGGGAACCAAAGAUAAUCAGUGGACCAGAGGUGCUGAAUAAAUAUGUUGGAGAGUCAGAAGCUAACAUCAGAAAGUUAUUUGCUGAAGCUGAGGAAGAACAGAAAAAGUUUGGAGAUAAUAGUGGACUCCACCUUAUAAUAUUUGAUGAGUUUGAUGCAGUUUGCAAGUCAAGAUAUAUGUACAAUUCUGGUGGUACUGGAGUACAAGAUUCAGUUGUUAAUCAACUUCUUGCCAAGAUUGAUGGUGUGGAACAACUCAAUAACGUGCUUUUAAUUGGCAUGACAAACAGGAGGGAUCUUAUUGAUGAUGCCUUACUAAGACCUGGACGACUUGAAGUACAAGUUGAAAUCGGCUUGCCCGAUGAGGAAGGACGAGUACAAAUUCUCGAGAUUCACACAGCCAAGAUGAGAGAACACAGGCUUCUGGCUCCGGAUGUUGACCUCGCAGAUUUAGCAGUGCAAACCAAGAAUUUCACAGGAGCCGAGAUUGAAGGCCUAGUGCGAGCUGCACAGUCCACUGCAAUGAAUCGAUUUAUUCAGCUCAAGAACAAUUUUGAGAUCGACCCGGAGGCUGCUGAAAAGAUCGUUGUAAAGCGCGAGGAUUUCCAUCAUGCACUGGAACAUGAUAUAAAACCGGCAUUCGGACCUUCUGAUGACAAUCUCGAUCUUUAUGUAGCUAAUGGAAUUAUCCGCUGGGGCAACCAAGUGGAGCGUAUAUUGGAUGAUGGGAAAUUGUUGUUGCAGCAAACGAGAACCCAAGAUAUCACCUCGCCAAUUACUGUGUUAUUGGAAGGUCCUGUCGGGUGUGGCAAGACAGCACUCGCGGUGCAGAUGGCUCUCUUUUCAGACUUCCCCUUCAUCAAGAUGUGUUCACCAGAGCACAUGAUUGGUUUUGUCGAAAGUGCAAAAUGUCAAACUAUUAAAAAGAUUUUUGACGAUGCGGACAAGUCAGACCUCAGUUGUAUCAUUGUUGAUGAUAUAGAACGCCUGUUAGACUACGUUGCCAUUGGACCAAGGUUUUCUAACACGGUCCUUCAAGCCUUGCUUGUGUUACUUAAGAAGAAGCUAAGGAAGGGUCGCAAGCUAAUCGUCAUUGGGACAACCAGCAGCCGAGAGGUGUUGGAAACCAUGGGCAUUGUUGAGUCAUUUAACACUGUGAUCCAUGUUCCCUCUCUCUCGUCCACCGACCAACUCAGAGAAGUGCUGCAGCAUGUGAAGUUGUUUGAUGAAGAUGAAAUUAGGCAAAUUGAGAGAAACAUUGGCCAGAGAAGGUUGUUCGUGGGCAUAAAGAAACUCCUCAUGAUGGCAGAGAUGGCUGUCCAGACCAUAAAGCGUGAUCGAGUUGACAAGUUUGUUAGUUUACUGGAAGAUGAAAACUGUUUGAGAGGCCCACAAGCAUAGCCUUGUAUCAAGUGACUACAAGAGGAUCAGGACAGAGCAAUUCUUUGGUGGAAGACAUUUCUUUUUUCAAAGGCAACGUUUAAGUUUGAUGGAUCAUUCUUCUACUAGCCUACCUUAAUUUUGAAAUCACUUUUAUUUUACUCUGUUAUAACAAUCGACUGGUUUUCCAGUGAAUCUCCUAAAACUUAAACCAUAUCAGAAACCGAAGUAAAAACAUGCAACCUCUGUGAAAUGCAGGAAUACAUGGAAGCGGUGCGAAACGCGGGAAACUUACAACUGAAUUUUUGCAAGCGCGGUAUUAUAGGAUGCUGGUGCCAAGCGCGGGAAAACUUACAACUGGUGCCAAGCGCGGGAAAACGUGCGUAAGUGAGGAAUGGUUUUUGUUUUGCUCCUGAUUCAUUGGUUGCCAGAAAAAACGCGCUGUCAUUGGUUGAGGCACUUUGCAAGGGUUCUUUGGGUCAAAUUUACAGACGGGGGAAUAAGUAAGAGUUGAAGGCUAUGCCAUCCGUCUCCGAAAAUGCUUAGCCUCGUGACGUAUCGUGAUUACGUCAUGCUGAUGUGACUGUUCGCGGAGUACUUAUGAGCACUCUUGCUAGUCUCUGAUUUGAAGAUAAGAAUCGGUAAUACGAGACUUCAGUGAAGAUUUGCUUGAAGUAGUGCUUGUUUCCCCGACUGUAUAGGAAGGAGGUAAAUAAUUUUCUUGUCCUCGACACGGUCAAAAACUGCGCCAUUAAUAAAAUAAUAUAAGAUGAAACGUCACGAUAGAAAAGUUUAUUGACGUAAUAUAUCAAACACGAAAGACCGUGUUUGAACACAUUUCCAAGCAACCAAGAAGAGAGUUGAAAAUACGACGCGUAGUGGAGUAUUUUUGAAAAACUUCGAGGUGUUAAGAAAUGUGGUGAAACACUGUCUUUAGUGUUUAAUAUAUCUUUUCAAUCGAAACUAAAACUCAGGAGAAAACGUAGAAAGAAAAUCGUAAAAAUCUAGGCUGAUUAAGAUCAUAUCUACAAGCACCGUGACGGUCAUGAUUUCCUUUGUUUCAAAUUGAUAAAUCAUUAAUGCGCUAGAGAAAUAUUAUUCAAUAAAGAUGAUAACUGUAAGAAAGGAGAGGAUUAUGAGGCUCCAGUGUAAACCAAACAGAAAAAGUCUUUUCGAGAAAUAUAAUAUGUGCAUAGAUUUCUCAUUUCACCUUUGGUAGCCUUUUUUAGUUCAGAAGAAUAACUAACUAUUUCAUAAGAGUUGCAAGAAACUGGGCAAGGAGUCCAUCUUUUUUUCUUUCCUAGCGUAUUCUAUAGUCUCGGCUUAAGCACGUAAUUCGAAAUCCCGAUACCACAUGAUCAACUAUAGAUGUAGGGAAAUGAGUCAUUUAUUUCUGCCUGUGCAAUUUAUAUACUUUAAAGAUGGUUAUUCCACUGAUAACGUUUACCACAAUAAAGGAUUGGAUUGAAGAAA